AUGAUGCAACUAAAAAGAAAACAACCUGUAGCAGCUCGCAGGUCAGCCAGACUAGCUAAGAAGCGUCGAACUAAUAAGUUGGAGGAAGAUGGACAGACACCGCAGCAAGAUAUCGAAGAGCCAGAGGUUAAGGCAGAGCCCGAGUCAGAGGAUGAAACAUCACUUGCCGUUACGCCCAGAAUUAAGGUCGACGACGGACGUGAUGAUGGCGCCGAUGCAGAUGACGAAGCUGAAGACAUCCAGGGAGGAGGCGACGUGGAUGAACGACCCGGAUCUUUUGAGAGUGAACCGGAGGUAAAUACCCCUGAUGAUGAAACGGAUUAUGACCAGUACAUAGUGUACGAAUCUGACGAUCCUGAGUAUCAAGAAAUACGACGCAAACGUGAGAUACAGGUAUCACCAUUGCCCAACCUACCGCGAAUUCCUCGAUUAAUCACAACACUUCGUGGUAAUAGCAUAGAUACUCCGGAUCAACGCCUCACAGCAAGUUCUGGAACUAACAGGCUCCCAAACUUUCUCGAUAAAUACGGAACCCGGCAUCAUAUCCCCAUCGAGAUCUUCAAGCAAAUAUUAGACUACCUGUAUCAACAGAAAGAUGACAUUACCGCUACUUCAGUAUCCCUCACCAAUGUUUUUAAUUACGGACUUGUCUUCGAUGUUUUUGGACUCGGUCUGCGUAAGAGAAUCAAGGAUUUGCUACAGUUUCGACCAGUGGAAUCAUGGGAAACAGGUUUUUUUGAUCUCCCAUUUCUUUCUGCGCCAUCCUCGAGGCCCACAGUUUGCCUUCGACAUGUUCUUCAUUCCUGGUUUCCAGAACGACUCACAUGGAUUCAGUAUGGCAAAAAACGUACGUAUCAUGGUCCGAUCUCCCUCAAGCUUAUAAAAAGACAUAUAAGAAGAACUAAGGCGGAAGGACGACGGAUGGCGCUUAAGGAACAUAAAACACGACUUAGACAAGGUCGGGAGAAUAAGUUGGAAAGGCAGAGAGACAGAAAAGAGCGUAUCGAAAAUAGACGCAACAGAAGAAUUGCCAGGUUGUCAGAAAUAAGGGAAGCACAUGCGGAGGACUCAGAAUUCUCAGAUGAUCAUGAUUGCGUUGAGAGUCAAUGUGCUCUUAAUCCCGAAACGGCUCACAAGAAAAUACAUUAUAUCUCCUCCGGGCGCGAUCCGGUUACAGAUUCCGAGGCAACGAAUUCUUUUGUCGAAGACUCGGAUGAUGUAGGAUGGGCGACUGAGGACUCAAUGCUAGCAGCAUAG